AUGGCCGCCAUCGAUCCAGAGAAGGGCCAGGGCGUGGCUACGACGACGAUCGACCCACGGAUCGCCGUCGACAAUAGUUCCAACGACGAACCAAAUCAUGCUACCUACUCCUAUGCGCCCAAGUCCGGCAUCCUGGCCAGUCUCCGGGCCUUUGAGUCGCGAAUGGACGAGAAAUUCCAUAUAGAGUCGGAAGCCAUCGAUCGCAAGCGCCCCGAGAACAAGAAGCAUGUGCCCUGGACGGAACAGCUGUCGAUGGCCCUGCUGUGGGCAAGCGGGACAAUGAACACAUCCUGCUUCGCUACUGGCUUCCUGGGGGCGGAGUUUGGCCUCAGCUUGAAGCAGUCGGUUGUGGUCACCAUCUUUGCAUCACUUCUUGGAGGUUCCCUCACUGGCUUUUGCGCGACAUUCGGCGCCGCGACAGGGUUGCGCCAGAUCAGUGUUAGUCGCUACAGCUUUGGAUGGUGGCCAAAUAAACUUGUUGCGCUGCUCAACAGUAUUCAGCAGAUGGGCUGGGCGGCUGUAUCAUGCAUCACUGGUGGCUUGGCCCUGACAGCGGUGUCCGAUGGUCGUGUCUCCUUAGUCUUGGGUAUUAUUAUCUUGGCCGUCGUUGCUUUGGCGAUUUCGUUCAUCGGACUCAAGGCUAUUCUUGUCUACGAGCGAUAUGCUUGGGUGAUUUUCUUCGUCAUCUUCAUGAUUUUCUUCGGCGAGACUGGAAAGUAUGCGGACAAUACUACACCGGCCACGGUUUCCGGCCCUAAUCUCUCUGCAUCGGUUUUGAGUCUGUUGGCGAUUGUGUACGGCUCGAGUGCAUCGUGGUGUACAAUGGCCAGCGACUACUACGUGCAUUACCCCGUAGACGUCAGUCGUGUCAAGGUUUUCUUCAUGACUGCCUUUGGCAUUGGAAUCCCUACCUCCAUCGGCAUGGUCGCAGGCUGCGUUGUGUCAUCCGGCUUCAACAACCGGCCGGAAUGGGGAGAUAUCUAUGAAAACCAGGGCGUUGGCUACCUCAUCCAGGACAUACUGUAUCCGCAUGGUUUUGCCAAGUUCCUCCUCACUCUGCUUGUCUUGUCUGGAAUCAAUGUGAACGUGAUCAGCAUUUACAGUGCCGCUAUCUCGUUUCAACAACUGUCCCGUCCUUUUGCUGCCAUUCCUCGUUUCAUCUGGACAUUCUUCUGCUUCGCUUGCAUUUUAGCGCUGGCAUUGGGUGGCCGAGAGGAGCUCAACACAUACCUGCAGGAUUUCCUAUCCUUGCUGGGCUACUGGUGCACCAGCUACGCCGUCAUCCUGUUCGAGGAACAUUACAUCUUCCGGAAAGGCCGCUUCGACAGUUAUGAUCUCGAGGGAUGGAAUGACCCGGCCCGGCUGCCAAUUGGUCUGGCUGCAGCCACCGCUUUCCUCCUCGGAGUCGUGGCUUGGUGCAUGGGCAUGGAGGAGACCUGGUUCAUUGGGCCCCUUGCAAAGACCAUUGGAAAGUCUGGUGGAGACGUCGCGAACGAAUUCACAUUCGUCGUGACUGCUCUGACGUAUCUCCCUGCAAGGUAUCUGGAGCUCAAAUAUUUUAGACGGUAG